CCUUGACUGCACUCUCACUUGCUUCUCAUACUCGACUGCUCGUCUGACCUUACUCGAUUCCAUCACACGACCCUGCAGGCUGUCUCUUCUGGUUGUUGCUAUAGCGAACGCGAGGGCAGGCUGCUUACAUAACAGCUUCUGCAGGUCAGGUGUAGAUCGUCAAUCCAGCCAACCCCAAGGGACCGACCUCAUCCAGCGCCGAAUUCCCCUCCAUUCAUCACAGACGGGCUUUUCUAAUUUCCAGCCCCGUCCUUGACAGUUUCCUUUCCCUGCUGAUCGCCUUCUCCCCGCAUCAUGGCCGCCGACCUCUCCAGCUCGAGGGAGCUGUAUGAAUCUGGACUGACUGUCCACUCAGAUUCUGAGAAUUAUUCGGCCAAUCAUGACAUCUCCGGCUCUCAGUCAUCCUCCUCGAGCUCCCCCUUGAUCCUCUACAAGCCCCCAACCAUCUGGAGUAUCCUGCGGGGAGCUGCCAUUAACCUCGUUCUCCCAUUCGUGAAUGGGUUGAUGCUGGGAUUUGGCGAGUUGUUUGCACAUGAAGCCGCCUAUCGACUCGGCUGGUCCGGGACAAAGGUCUUCCCUAUGCAUCGGCGUUCGAGACCUGUCGGGCCCGGAAUCGAGGUGCGAGACAUCCCGUCGCAACGGAGGGGGACUAGGGCGGCCGGACUGAAGGAUGCUACGUCUCUAGAGUAGACCCGGGUGGAGUACUAGCGGACCAUAUAGAUAUCUCAUCACGCCCGAUUGAUAUUGGCAUGUACGGGUAAAGUGGCAUCAAAACAGUUCAUUUCUUGUCGCUUGCAGGGUGGCAUGAAUGCGCAUCAGGGGGUUACAGUGUACAUAGAGCAAGCAUCAGUAAUCGGUCUGACUGGACGGCGUCUGGCGAACCACCUCGAAUUUAACCUCUCACACAUUGACG